GUCACACACAAACACAACUCAACAGACAAGAAAACAGCCUGCACUUUUAAGACUCCCGGUACCUGAUCAGGUGAAGACAUACAUGUCAUCCAGUGUCUGUCUCCCAGAGGAGGAUCUCUCCUGUCCUGUGUGCUGUGAGAUCUUCAGGGACCCUGUCCUCCUACCAUGUAGCCACAGCUUUUGUAAGACCUGCCUACAAUGCUACUGGAACACCUCAGCCCUCAGACAGUGCCCUGUCUGCAGGAGAAGAGCUUCCAAGCGCACCCCUCCCUCCAACCUGGCUCUGAAGAACCUCUGUGAAGCUUUGCAACAGGGCAGGAUUCAGAGCUCAGCGGAGGGGAACAGUGUGCUUUGUAGUCUACAUGGAGAGAGACUCAGAUUCUUCUGUCUGGUGGACAAGCAGCCUGUCUGUGUAGUGUGCCAAGCCUCGAAAAUACACAAGAACCAUGACUGCGUACCCACAGAGAAGGCAGCACAGGAUUGCAAGAAUCAGGCCCUGGAGACAGAGAGGCAGAUAAAGGAUCUGUUUGUGGAACUCCACCAGUUCCUGUAUGAUGAAGAGGCAGCGAGGCUAGCUGCUCUGAAGGAGGAGGAAGAGGAGAAGAUAGGGCUGAUGAACAGUACGGUGACAAAGGCUGCAGCAGGGAUGCUAUACCUCAAAGAGACUAUAACAGUCAUAACACAGGAGAUAACAGAUGCUGAAGACAUGACAUUGCUCCGGAAUUUUAAAGCCACUAUAGAGAGAGCCCAGUGCACAGGGCAGGGUCCAGAGAGGAUUUCAGGGGCGCUGAUUGAUGUGGCCAAGCACCUCUGUAACCUCAAGUACAGAGUCUGGAAGAAAAUGCUUCUGCAUGUUGAAAACACUCCUGUGACCUUGGACCCAAACACAGCCCACCCCUGCCUCUUCCUGGUCACAUGACCUCACGUCCCUUCAGUACACCAGCCAGCCCCACCGUCUCCCUGACAACCCUGAGCGCUUCCACAUGAGUGCAGAGGUCCUGGGCAUGACCGGGCUUAGCUCAGGAAGCCACUGCUGGGUAGUGGAUACAGGAUGUAACAAUGACUGGAUUCUGGGCGUGGCCUGUACGUCUGUCACCAGGAAUGUGGAGGUCCAGGCCCGGCCGGAGAACGUGUUUUGGACCAUGUGUCUGCGAGACAGGGAGUACAGAGCAAUGACCUCACCACCAACAGCCAUGACAGUCACAGAGAAACUCAAGAGGGUCAGAGUGCAGCUGGACUGGGACAAGGGCCAAGUGUCUUUCUUUGACCCUGCUGAUGACGAUACACCCCUUUACUCUUUCUCACACAAGUUCACAGAGAAAGUGUUUCUGUAUUUUUAUACGCAAAGCAAACACCCACUGAGAAUCCUACCUGAGAGGACGUGUGUUACAGGGCAACAGAGUGGGGCAGGACAUCCUUGUACAGUUCCUGACUAAUUUCUGUCAACUCACAAAUAGUUUCACUUUUAUUUACAGGGUAGUGUAUGUCAACUAUGUAAUUGAUACUCCAUACAUACAAGUUUACAGAAAUGUUUCCUUUUUCAUCUACUGCAGGUGACCUUCCUUAAUAGUAUCUGUUCUGGUUAAGAAGAAUUUCAAUAAGGAAACAUGUUUACAAUCUGUAAAAUUACAUAAAUCAUAAAAAUGUGUUCAGACCUUGACACAAAUUGUAGAUCAGAGACAACCAAAAUCAAUGCACUAUUGAAAGUGCCAGAAUGUUUUUGUAAAUACAGUUACCUUCGCCGAGAACAAUCUUACGAUUUUUUCCCAUCCUAGAUAAAACAAAUACAUUUUCUUUCCAUAGUAGAGUUAAAUGAACUUAUUCACUAUUAACCAGUUAUAACAUGUUAACUGCUAUAACAUUAUAAAAUGAU